ACGACCGACGCUGCCCGGCCGCCGCCGUGUCAGUCUGCCGGUAACAUUCGUUCGGCUCGCACGCUUUCUGUUGGUCGUUGCCGUCGUCGUCGUCGUCGUUGUCGUGUUCGUGCGUUUGGCGCCCGCCCGGAAUUCGAAUAAUUUAUAUUGAGUCAAACCGUUUUUCAUCACUCGCUCCCUCCAUUACGUUUACCACGAGUGAACCCCUGAGUGCGUGCGCCGCCGCGAGUGUGUGUCGUGACGAAAAAUUCGAUCGCCGCCCGCGACAUGGAUACUACUCGAUAACUGCGAUUCCCUGAGGACUCGUACAGGUGCAUCACGCAACAGCGGUGUUCUCGACGAUAAGGAUGGAUCGGCGACGGUUUAUAGCUGCAGUAUGGACCCCGCUACUGUUCCUGCUCAUCUUGGACAAAGGAUACCGACAUGGCGUUUAUGCCAAACCAGGACUAUGCGAGAUGGAAACUGGGCAAGGAAACAUUGUACUGGACAUCGAAGAAAGUCGUGGGUCUCAAAUAAAUCAACCCAUCAAACCGGCCGAAUUACCGAUCAUAGGAGAUCCGUACACUGAAAUAUCUUUGGAUUUACUUUUUCCGACGAGAAGUCCGACGUUUACGUUAAUUGGAAAACAUAUUCAGCUAACUCAGCCGUUGGACAGAGACGCGGAAAACUUGUCCCACAUCGUAUUUCAGGUUACGUGCGUGGUAAGGUCUACCAACAAAAAGAGGACCAUACCCAUAAUAGUGCGCACGACCGACAUUAACGACAAUGCACCGGUGUUUUUGGAUACUCCGUACCAAGUAUCAGUUCCCGAGUUGACAACUGUCGGCACAUCUGUGGCAGCUGUGAAAACAGUGGACGCAGACACCGGCGUCAACGCUCUAGUCGAGUACUUAGUGAUUCCCGGAAAUGUACCGGAAGAAGAGCUCCAAAAAGGCAGAGUCAGCGAUGGCGUCAAACACUUCAAGAUGAAGUCUUCCAAUUCUGGCGAAAUAAUACUACAGAAAGGCCUGGACUUUGAAAAAGUUCAAAAAUACUUCGUAACGAUCCAAGCAACGGACCGAGCCAAGAACCCCGAAGACAGACUUACGUCGACUACAACGCUUACUGUGAUGGUAAAAGACGAAGACGAUCAGGACCCGUCGUUCAAUUAUCAAGGAUGCACGGUUCAGGACGGAGCUUGCAUAAAUCCGGAAUAUCACACCACCGUUGCCAGUGGUGUAAAUUCUGGAGUCCUUACUAUAAGACCAGAAAAAAUACAAGCUGUAGACAUGGAUUCGUUGAAUUAUCCAAUUGAGUAUACGUUUAUUGAUGGGUCUCCUUCAUUUUACGCAGAAUACUUCACCAUCGAUCCUCAGUUCGGUACUGUAAAACAAAUAAAAGCAGUAGAUACUAGUCUGACGAAGAGAUUUUCAAUAACUGUCAAGGCUGAAGAAGAAUCGUCCAACCACAGAUCAACUACGGCUAAACUGUAUAUUGAAGUAAAACCUGUCGAUAUCAAUCCGCCCGUUAUACAUAGUUCUGCUGUUGACGAAGGAUACGGAUUUGUAGAAGAAAACUCACCUGUUGGUACAAAAGUUUUAGAUAAGAACGGACAACCAAUCAUGUUAUCCGUAACUGACGAUGAUUUGGGACCAAAUGAUCCUAAAGUAACUUAUAUGUUUGAACUGACAACUAAUUCUUUUAAUGUGGAUUCUGAUGGAAAUAUUUAUGUAAAUGAAGAAAAAUUAGACAGAGAUCCGCCAAAUCCUGGAAAAUACCGUUUUCAAAUAGUAGCUAGAGAAGUUAAUGGACAUGCCGGUAGCAUUCCAUACCUAAUGACAGUGUUCUUGAAAGAUGUGAAUGAUAAUCCUCCGCGAAUGCCAAUGUUGUCUCCAAUCACAAUCCAAGCUGGAAAUUCUAGGCGACAACUUGUCCAAAUUAAAGCAGUGGACAACGACGAAGGUCAAAACGCUAAUGUGUCUUAUAGUAUAUAUCACAUAUCAAACCAAGGCCACAGUAAGUUCCAUAUUGAUCCAAUAACUGGCUGGAUUGAAACCACUGGUCGAAUGAUGGCUGGUGAUCAGUAUAGUAUAACUGUCCAAGCUACUGAUUCAGGAGGUUUAUACACCCAAAGUAUUGUCGAAGUUGUUGUAAUAGCAGGGCCAAAUACUAAAUCCCCGGUAUUUUCACAAAGUUCAUACGAAGUUACUGUUAGUGAAGGAUCGCCAAUAAACACAACAGUUAUCUCUUUGAAAGCCAUUGAUCCCGAAAAUGAUCCUGUCACUUACACUAUCUUAUCAGGGAAUGAUUUGAGGCAAUUUACAAUAGGCGAAAAAACUGGGAUAGUUGGUGUUAUACGAAAAUUGGACCGUGAAGAGCUGACCCGUUAUCAAUUGUUAAUCAAAGCACAAGACGAAGGAGGGCUUUCGAGUACAACAACAUUAAAUAUUAAAAUUAGCGAUAUUAAUGAUAAAAAUCCGGAAUUCAUUGGUGCCCCGUAUGAGUUUUCGGUGGACGAAGGUUUAGACGGAGCCCCUGUGGGACAAGUUGAAGCUGUAGACGGAGACGAAGGAAUAAAUGCUUUAGUUCAUUAUUCGUUGCCGGAUGAUUUGCCAUUUUUAAUUGAUGUCAAUACAGGGCAUAUACGUACUGCUACAGCCUUGGACUAUGAAAAAAACAAUGAAUAUAAAUUUGUGGUUACCGCAAAAGACGGAGCGCCAGAUCCACGUAUUGGAACUGCUUCUGUGACUGUUUCGGUUAAAGACGUUGAAGACGAAAUUCCACUAUUCCAUAAGACACUAUACGAAGCAAAAGUACCAGAGAAUGCGCCCGAUUUCCUAGUUACUCAAGUGCACGCCGAUGAUCCCGAUACAGUGAAACGAGUGACUUAUGUAAUAAAACAAGGACCUUCAGAUUUAUUUACCAUCGAUCCGACUACUGGAACGGUUAGAACACUUAGAGGUUUAGAUUAUGAGAAAGACAGUCAACAUACACUAAUCAUCGGAACAUUGGAAAAUUCAAAUCAAACACCCGGUGCCACAACGAAAGUAAUUGUGAAUGUUGAAGAUCGCAAUGAUAUCCCACCAGUAUUUCUAACCAUACCUUCGCCUGUAACACUCGACGACGAUGUAGCCAUUGGAACUAAAGUCACGACUCUUUUAGCUACUGAUUCGGACGGAACAUCUCCGGGAAAUAAGGUCCGGUACGAAUUGAGUGGCCGUGGAAAAGCCUUAAAGUAUUUUCACAUUGACCCUGAUCUCGGAGUUUUAUACGUGCGCGGUGAUCUACAAAAAGAACCCGAUAAUGAAUAUCAGGUGGAUGUAAAAGCUUAUGAUUUGGGUGAACCUCAGCUCUCGUCAGUGACAUCAGUGACAAUCUUUGUUCGGCGUGUCACGACUCCAAUACCAGAAUUGGGAAUGGGGUUCUCGGACGAUUCGUACUCCGCUCGAGUUUUAGAAUCUGCCGUUGUUGGUACUUUAGUUAAAGUUCUGACUGUUGUACACCCAAGACCAUCACUACCCCUUCCUCUCGUUUGUACUAUAGUUUCCGGAAACUCUGAAGAUGUAUUUACAAUAAAUGUCACAACUGAGAAAAAUUGUGAAGUACGUUUAAAGGAAACUAAAUUAGAUCACGAACACGCAGAGAGUUAUCAACUGAAAAUACGUCUCGACACGCUUGCCGGAGUCGUUAACCCGACAAAAAGCACUACUAUGUUAAACGUCCAAGUGAUCGACAUAAACGACAACGUGCCUACGUUUGUGUAUCCGGAAAGCAGCAAACGCUACGCCAAGAACGCAUAUUAUGGAGCAGUAUCGGCCGACGAGGAAAUAGGCAGUGUGGUGUUGCAGGUGAAAGCGGAGGACUUGGACGGGGGGAAAUUGGGUGACGUGAGAUACGAGUUGGCCGACGACGACGAUCAGAACUCGACGGAAGGUCCUUAUUUCGCCGUCGACCCGAAGACCGGAAUCGUAAAAACCCUAAGGACGCUGACCGACGUGCUUCCGCGACACUUACCGUUCCGACUUGUGGUCACGGCGCGCGACAAUCCGGGGGCCACGAAUCCCAGCGACUACAACACGGCUCAAGCGCACGUCGUCAUAAACGUGAUCAAAGACCAACACCGUUUGGUGAUGGCCAUCGACGGCGCACGUCCGGACAUCGUUAAAUCGUCCGAAAACAAAUUGAUAGACGCGAUGGAAAAACUCCUGCAGCUGAUCGUGGGCGGCGAGAAAGUGUCGGCCAAGCAGUACAGGCGGAGAGACAACCUGACCGUCGAGACCGAUCCCAGCUCGACCGAUUUCUGGUUUUACGUCGUAGACCCUGCCAGCGAGACGAUUUUGGAACGAAAUAACACCAAAGUGGCCAGGUCAAUACUGAACAAAGAUUCCGUCGGAAACAUUACGACGACGAUCGCCGAGAAACUGUCAAUUAUCGCGUCGGACAUCCAUUUGCCGCUGCAACAGCAGAACGUCGUCACUCGGACCCACACCGCGGGCGUGACCAUCCAAUGGACCGUAUUCCCGUACACUCUGAUCCUCAUGGCGGCCCUGAUCCUGGUGUUGGGCAUCGCCGGCAUAAUUUACAUCUGCGUGUCGUGGUCGAGGUACAAGGCGUACAAGGAGCGGAUGGCCCGGAUGUACGUGACGCAACGGUACGACCCGGUGUUCAUCGAGCCGAACAUGAAGGAAUACGAGGUACAGGUGCUCCAAAUGAGCGUACCGGUCGACGACAACGACAGCUACAACGACUUGCAACUGGACUUUAGCCGCAAAAAUCACACGUUCAGUAUGGACAACGUCGGGUACAUCACCAAAGAGAACGUCGACAGCAUCGACGGACACAGUCCUGUGAGCUCGGAAGCGGCGACCACGGCCAGGACGUCGAGUAUGGGCCGCGGCAUGUCGAACGGCGGUACCAGCACGUUCGGCCGGACGAACAUGGCAUUCGAACCGUCGGACGACACCGAAUCCGCGGCCGCGGCGGCCGUCAUCAGUCCCACCAACGACAAUGUGACGUUCCGGGAGAAAAAGGAGUUUGGUCGUCCCGCGAUGCACAACGGCAACGGGCUGACGACGUUCAACCGGAAGGACGUGGAGGUCACCACCGAACUGUGAUCGAACCCCCGCUCACCCGUCGUCCACGCACACAAACGCGUAUUUUAUAUUAUAUAUUAUUAUUAUUACUGUGUACAACUGAUAUCACAUAAAAAAUGCGAUGUUAUUACCGCGUCUAGUCCCCGCGGUCCCAACCCCCACCCACGAUACAAUUUAAACCCUAUCCCCUAAACUGCGGUCACUGUGAUAACAUCGUUUUUGUACAUAUUAUAUAGGUGUAUAAUAUAUAUUAUAUUUAUGUGUAGAUAGAUGCUAUAGGUAUAUUUCCCCCCUCCCUAUAACUAUGUGCAACGAAUAUUGUUUAUUUUAUAAACAUGUACCUACCCAAUUAUUAUCCGUUAUUAGUAUAUGAAACAAUUUACUUUAUGCUACGUCGCGGCGUCGAUGCGAAAACACCCCACCGGCCAUCACCCCGAUUUGUAAAAUGCAGGUACCGCCCAUACAUAUAUCAGCAUUACAUCAUAAUGUUAUAUUGUACGAGGUGAUUAUUUUAUUGAAAACAAUCAUUAUUUCAAAAACUAUAUAGGUAGGUAGGUAAUAAUUUUUGAAGACAAAAAUGCUACCUACUUACCUAUGUUUUUAAAUUUUUUAUAUCGUUAUACUUUUCUAAGUUUAUUGAACAACAACAUACAUAUUAAUUUCUUAUUCCGAAACAGAAUAGUUUUGUGUAGGUAAUUCGAUGCAUAACAAUUGAAUUUUGGACGAGUAGCUUAUAAAUUAUAACUUAUUAUAAGCCUACUCGCCUGGAAUUUGAUUUUUUAUACUACCUAUAGAAAUAUUAUACUUCAAAUAAAAAAUGUAUGUUGUCAAUUAAAAAUGAUAAAAAAAUUGUUUUUUAACGAUUUAAAUUUAAAAUAAAAUAAAACAGCUGCUAUCUAGGUAAUAUUUUUUGAAAUAAUGAAUGUUCUUCAAUAAAAAAAUCAUACAAUAUAUAAUACGGGUUAAGAUUGAACAUUUUGUCAAUGAUCAAAAAUCGGAAGGACUUUAAUAAAUUCCUGUAAAUUCCACCUAAUAUAUAGGUACAUAUCCAAUUCACGAUCCAGUGACCUACGUGCGAAUGCGUGAUAAACGGUAGUAGCAGUAUUAAUAAUAAUAAGAGACUAUACUAGGGCAUGUCGUCACUCGUCAGAUAGGUCCGGAUGCCGAUCGCCCAGGCAAUUUACUUGUAGUGUAAGACAAAGAGAGGCGAUAGAUUUCCUUAUAAAUUGAAAUGAUUCGAAUGUUCGGUUAUUAUAUGCCUAUAUUUUAACUGUGCCUAACAACAGUGUUGUAUAAUAUUCGUAUCGGGCCAUACGAUUGUCGGGCAUUAAACGAAACGUAAUUUGUUGUAUGAACAAACGUUUUCUGGUCUGAUUGGUACACAUAUUAAUGUAUUAUAUAAACAUAUUUGGUGCAGUGUGCUGUUAUCCUAUCACCAGUUUCAAAUUGUUGGUACCUAUUUUAAAACAACAGUGAACUGACACGUGCAUUCUUAUCCCACCUAUACGUGAAAUAGGUGAUUACCGGGAGCGCGAUUUAAUGAUCUUUGGACUACGGAAUCUAUUCGGUUGGUGCACUAAUUACGAACUCUUUUACUCGAUUUAGAACUUUUUUGGUUUGAAAUACGUACCUAUCAUACAAAUUGUACGCAACACACUAUAUUCAUUAUAGAAGGUAGUCAGUAAAAUUAAAUUUCAAACGCGUCGAGAAUUUUUAACGUUACAGCUAAAAUUAGGAGGGCCAUUGGAACGUGAAAUUUUCAACUCAUUAUCUAUUGUUUUGUUUAAUAUAUAGACAUGUAGGUACUAGGUACCUAUGCACCGUGAUGUAUCUAUAUUAUUAUUAUUAUUAAAUUGAUACCUAUUUUUAAUUCCCUGCAUACUGUAAUCAAAUGUUUUGUACUUUUGUAGUUAACUAUAUUUAUUAUGUAUACAACUAUAUUAUAAACUUACCAUAGAAUAUUCUCCCGUCGUUAUUACGGUUUAACGACAUGUAUAGUUGUACUUAUAACUUACCUGUAGGCUGUAACACGAAUACACUAGGUAUACAGCGAAAACGUACGAUUUUUAUAUACUAUAAUAAUAUGAAGCGUAACAUUUUGCAGAAAAAAAAUAUCAUUGUAAGACAACUUUUUGAAAUUAUUGAAUAUUCUGUACUGAAAUAAUUAAUGACGACUGUUAAUUAAGUUAGUUAAGAAUUUAUGUUAUUUUUGAUUUAAGUUUCAUUAACCAGGUGCGUUCAGUGUAAAAAUUAAAAACUAAAAAGAUAAUUGUAUGUCACUCGUGACUAGCCACUACAAAUAAAAAUUAGUAUGAUAGUUAAAAAUUACGUUGCAAAACGUUGUCCUACAAAAAAUCCAACUAUUACUAAUCAUUUAUUGCGUUUGAAUUGUGUAUAACGAUGACCUACCACCGUACCUACUCAAACCGUAUUUGAAUAAAUAUGAUUUACCUAUUUAAAUUAUAUUCAUCCAGCAAUCUAACGUGAUAUGCAAUUCAAUAAAUUCAAAUAUUAUCAGAACACAAAACUUAGUUUUAGCGUGUUAAUUAUACAUUUAUACAUAAUACAUCAACUUAUUGAGAAGAUAAUCUUAAAUUUUAAAAAUUAAAUAAAUGAACGCAGCCACAAUAAUUCCAAUCAAAUUAGUCAUAGGUGAUAAUUAUUUUUUUUUUCAAGUAAAAAUAUAAAGUUAUCAAAAUGUAUACUUACAUGUGUGUAAUUUGUAUUCUUUUUGAUUUGCUCAUAUAAGAUAUUUCAGUUUGUCUAAUAUUAUUAAAAUAGGUAACACAUUGCCAUAUUUAAUUGUUAGGGCAAACGUUGAACGUUUUCCUGAAGCUCAAAUUGUGUAAUAACUUAUUAUUAAACUUAAGAAGAAACAUAGUAAAAUUAAAACCAUUUUGUAGUGUAAUAUAGUAAUAAUAUAACAAUUUGUAUAAUAUUAUGUUGUUGUAAUAAUAUUACGUUCUUGAUUUAUUAUAUUUUUUUAUACGAUUAUUUCAACUUUGUGUACAUUUAGUAAAAAUAUAUGUUUGAUAUAUAUAUGUG